AUGAGGAACAUUAUCAUUUCAGAUUUUGAUGAAACGAUCACAAGAGAUGAUACAAUCGGUACCAUUGCAAAAUUGCCGUAUCUGCUGAACCCGCAGUUGAAACCGGAGUGGUGUCAUUUUACUAAGAAUUAUAUGGAUGGAUACCACAAGUACAAAUAUAAUGGAACGAGGUCACUACCACUGUUAUCCUCAGAUAUACCAUUACGAAUUUCGCGAUCAAAUUUUGAUGAGACGUUUGAAGAGGAACUGAAAUAUCAAAACCAUAAUAGAAUUAUUGAGCUAAAUAGUGUGAAUGAAAUCACAAAACACCAGAUUUUCAAGUCAAUUACCCUAGAGCAGAUGAAAGAAUUUGCUAGAGAUCAAAACCACGAUAAUCGUUUACUUAGAGACGGUUUCAAUCGGUUUUGUUUUUCAGCUAUCAAAAAUCUUGAUGAUUUUUAUGUUUUAUCUAUAAAUUGGUCAAGUGAAUUUAUUUAUGAGGUCAUCGGAAAUAAAAAGCUCAAUCCUCAUCAUGUUUUUUGCAACGCCUUGAAAGUAUUAACAGAGAAAAGUCCAGCAACUUACAGCGGUGAAUUUGACUGCCGGUUAUUGACUGGUUCUGACAAGAUUAAAACACUGAACGAGAUACUAGCGAAGACCGACACCCGUAGAAAUAAUAAUACUGAGAAAGAAACUUGCUGUUACUGGUAUAUAGGAGAUAGUGAGACUGAUUUGUUACCCAUAUUACACCCAUCUACGAAUGGUGUAUUGCUCAUAAACCCGCAGGAAAAUCCAUCCAAGUUCUUAAAAAUUACUAACCAAAUCAUUGGUUUGUCAAAUGAAAAAAUCUCUAGUUUUCAAAGUAAUAACUCCGUUGGGUGGCUGAAGUUUUGCGAUAAGGAAGGCGAAUACUCUGCUUACCUCGCGAAAUCUUGGGAUUCCCUGCAUGAUUUAAUUACGCAGACAACAAAAAGUGAAAGUAAAUGA